CUCUCCUCCUUCUCAUCCUUUUUGUUUUCCCCUUUUCUGCUGAGAACCCAACCAAAUAAACUCCUCUUGGAUGAUUCCAAUGAAGAUAGAUAUGGUUCAUUUGGGAGUGGUAGCGAUGGCGAUGGUUGGGGUGGCAGCAACUGGAAUUUGGGUUUGCAAUCUAAGAAAGGGAACCGAUUUGAAUUGCAUAAACAACCCUUAUUCCUUUUUCUCAUCGGACCCAACAGAAUCGAAAUUCCCAUCUUGACUUUACCGCAGCUGCAAUCUAUGCUCGAUGGUAUCGAUUCCCAGCUACAGAACUCAUCUAACUAGUCAACAUUGUCGGACACUCGGACCCAUUCCUCUCAGUGGCAGGGACAGCGCUCUCUUUUCCAGGAUUCGCACGGUGCUUCGGCUUCUUCGGUGGACGGUGGAUAUUGUUGCAGGGUGGGUUUUUCUAGGAGUUGUGGUGAGGAGUCUUCUGGGAGCUGGAGGGAAGAGGGACGAGAUCUGGGUUGGGGGAACCUGGAAAUCAUCGUCGUCAUUGUUGAUUUGUGCUAGUACUUACAGUUUAGUUGCAAUUUUGUGCAAUUUUGCGCAAUUUUGAUUUGUGCAAUUUUGUUGUUCUGGCAGGAGGAUUGAAGGUUGAAAUUGUGCUUGGAAAUUCUAGUAGUUAGUUGCAAUCAGUGUGAAGUUUGAAUUCGAUAUGAAUAUUUUUCUGAUUUUUAUGAGUUUUUAGAGAAUUUUUGGGUCCUGUAAUCGUAUCCUAUGAUUUGUUCAAGAAAAUUUCAAUUUUUGU